AUGAAGUCCGCUCUACUCCUGGCGUUGACCGUGGCGGCCAACGCGGCAGCCAGCCCGCGCGUGACGGAUCCUGAGACCCAGGUCACUUACGAAGGGAUAUCGAGGAAUGGUCUCGAUGUCUUUCUGAACAUCCCAUAUGGCCAGGACACGAGCGGCGAGCACAGGUUCAAGCCCCCUCGGCCAUAUGUGCCCGAGGAAGGAUCGACGAUCAUGGCCAGAUCAUUCGGGCCCGCCUGUCCCCAGGAGACCGGCAAUCCAAACUUUCCCUUGACGUUGUCAAAUAUCUUCGAUAUCUCUGAAGACUGCCUUAAUUUGAAUAUUGUUCGACCCCCGGGCUUGUCGUCCGACUCCAAGUUACCCGUUAUGAUUUACAUCCACGGAGGCAAGCAGUUUUAUGCCGAGUUGGUUGGUUUCUGGACUGGCUCAAAUGCCGACCUCUCCUACGAACCGGAUGGAAUGAUUCUGGAGUCUAUGAAAAAUGAGAUGCCCAUCAUUCAUGUCUCGAUCAAUUACCGCUUGGGAUUGUUCGGGUUCGCCAUCUCAGAUGCUCUUAGAGAGGAAAAGUCGACCAACGCCGGUCUAAGGGACCAGCGACUGGCUUUCGAGUGGGUUCGCGACAACAUCGAGGUUUUUGGAGGGGAUCCAUCGAAAGUUACAAUAUUCGGCCAAUCUUCCGGAGGCCUUGCGGUUGGCCUCCACACCAUGGCAUAUGGUGGCACAAAGCCGGUACCGUUCCAACAGGGCAUUUGUCAGAGCCAGGCUCUCGAACCCGGAAUUACCGGUGACUUCACUAUCAAUGAAAUGAAGCUGGUCGCCGGCGCCACUGGCUGCAAUACCACCGAUCUGCACUCCCCAGAAACCAUUGCUUGUCUGCGUGACUUUGACACGGAGCCCCUAUUGAAUAAGUCUAUCGAGGUCCACGUGGCCGACAUCUCCAACAAUAUUGGAGACUCCUGGCUGCCGACGGUAGACGGUGAUUUUCUACCAGAUGCACCGUCAACUCUCGUUUCCGAAGGUCGCUUCGCGAAAGUGAGGACAAUGAUUGGAUGGACCGAGGAAGAUGUCACGUAUUACACACCCCAGGAAAUUUAUACGGAAGAGGAUACAUUCAACUUUGUCUCCAGCUAUCUCCCUGCGAUGACGGAUGACUCGGUCAAGUCAUUACUUGAGCUUUAUCCGAGCUCCGAUUUCUCUGACGAUCCAACGGCUAACCGCACUGCGCAGUUCUACCGUUCGGCCAGAAUGUUCAGAGAUAUCAUCAUGACAUGCAUGCCAAUCUGGUAUGGAGAGAAUUUGGCGCGGAAAGAUAUCGACGUUUACUUGUAUGACUUCAACCAGACUCUUGUCGCCCCAAUCCUGGCUGCGAUAGGCAGCCCCGGCCUCGGUGCGAUCCACACAUCUGAGUUCGCAUACGUAUUUGGCAACAUUUCUCACUAUGACAUUCCCGGAUACCCUUUCGACCCGGUCGACUCUGACCGCCGUCUUGCGAUCGAAGCUUCACGGUCUUGGUCAUCCUUCGCCAGUGUCGGCCGUCCGUCCGUUCGGGGAAAGGAGACUUUGAAAGGAUGGGAAAAAGCAUUCGCGAGAGGUAACAACACGAGUAUUUAUGUGGCUGGAGGCCCGUCGGCAGGUUUAUCGCCGUGGGAUGGCCGUCGGGCAAAGCCAGCUAUCCGCGCACAGAAACUUCGCGAGCGGUGCAUGUUCUUGAACUCCCCGGAAAUCAGAGAGCAGAUGCAGUUUUAAGAAAGCAUCUUUUUCAGUACACUGUCGUGUCACUUGCUCAAGCCGCCAGGCGAAUGACUCGGGUUAGCGUACCUAUAGAUGUGACAGGUCAAAUGAUUCUCACGAUGUGAUAAGGGCGGUGCAUGUGUGUACGUAUGUAUGUAUAUAGUUAAAUUUGAGACCGGUUUUUGCACAAGAGAGGAGAACGUCUGCAUUUUUGACUGGACGCGCCCCUGGUGGGCACGAAACUAGUUCGGUUAAUUUGUACGAGGGCUUCAGCAAUCGGAGAGUUUGAAUGCCUAGAAUGCAGGGCAUCUUCCGCUGAAAUGCUGAUUCGCAGCAGGAGACCCAUGUCACUCCGGAGAGGGGCGGGGGGCAGCAAGUACAUACAGCCCAGAAAGCAGCAUUGUCCGAACAGAUUACAAUGUAUGACAUUGAGAUACA